CCGACUGUACACAAACCGCGCGCAAAAAUGUCGAUUUUGAGGCGGAUUUUUCCAACUCUCUCUCGGACCCGCUUUCGUGAUGGAACAAUCAUCAAACGAUACGCAUCGUCAGACUCUAAUCCGGCACCGUGGCCACGGAAGGUGUUUUCCGGUGUGCAACCGACCGGUGCCCUUCAUAUCGGCAACUACUUGGGGGCCGUGAAACGAUGGGUUGAGUUGCAGGAGGCUGGCGAGGACGUAACGUACUGUAUCGUUGAUUUACAUUCCAUGACCAUACCACCGGAACCGGAAACGUUGCGCCACAACACGCUGCAAAUGACGGCCACCCUGCUGGCCUGUGGGAUCGAUCCGGCAAAGGCUACUCUGUUUCUGCAAUCGGCCGUACCGCAGCAUGCCGAACUGUCCUGGAUACUCGGCUGCCUCACGACGAUGGCCCGCCUAACGCAUCUUCCGCAGUACAAAGAGAAAUCGGCCAACAUGAAAGAGAUCCCACUCGGACUGUACCUCUACCCGGUGCUGCAAGCGGCCGACAUUAUGCUCUACAAGGCGACGCACGUGCCGGUGGGUGAGGAUCAGAUACAGCAGCUACAGCUGGCCCAAUCGCUCGCCCGUGCCUUCAACAACAAGUACGGCCGAACGUUUCCCUUCUGCGAAACACUCGUCAACGAUGGUAGCCGGUUGAAAUCGUUGCGUGAUCCGGCCAAAAAGAUGUCCAAAUCGGACCCCGAUCCGAAGAGCUGCAUCAUGCUGAUCGAUCCACCGGAGCUGGUGCUGGAGAAGGUGAAGAAAUCGGUCACCGAUUUUCGCUCGGAGGUAACGUUCGAACCGGAGCAACGGCCCGGUGUGUCGAAUCUCGUUACGAUUCACUCGCUGGUUACUGGGAAGACGGUGGAUGAGAUAUGUCAUGAGGUAACGGGGAAGAACACGGGCCAGUACAAGCUGGUGGUGGCAGAAGCACUGAUCGAACACCUGCGACCGAUCCGGGAACGUAUUGUGCAGUAUACGCGCGAUGUCAGCUAUCUGGCCGGUGUGAUUGAGGAAGGUAGUGAGCGCGCUAGGGCCAUAGCGGAGGGUACGAUCGAUGAGGUGAAGGAGAAGAUUGGUGUCGAUUGUUUUGCGCUUGCAGGGAGAACAGGCGCGAGGCGGCAUCAGAAUAAAUAAAGAUCGUUCAAGUGAUUAGUCAGCUGGUACCAAA